GUCUUACGGUCACGCUGCUUGCAACGCCACGCGAAUAAUAUUUCUUUUAUUUUUUUUGCAAAUAAAUUAAAAAUUAUAAUAUUUCGAAGGUAAAUUGUUAAUCAUGGCGCAUUUAGUGAAAAUGGAAAAUGGACAGAGCCAAACCAUACAGGAAAUGUUGGGCUGCAUCGAGCGCUACAAUCCGGAUCAUUUAAAAAUAUUGGAAUCGUAUGUGCAGGAUCAGGCAAAGAACAAUACAUACGAUCUGGAGGCUAACUUGGCAGUACUUAAGCUCUAUCAGUUCAAUCCGCACAUGCUUAACUUUGACAUUACCUACACGAUUUUAUUGAAAUGCCUCACGAACUUGCCGCACACAGAUUUUGUGAUGGCCAAGUGUUUGUUGUUGCCGCAGCAGAUGAAGGAUGAGAAUAUACAAACAAUCAUCGAUUUGGCUGACAUCUUGGAGCGUGCUGAUUUCACGCUAUUCUGGCAACGCGCCGAAGUCAACCGCACCAUGUUCCGUCACAUAACUGGAUUCCAUGACUCGAUACGCAAGUUUGUGUCGCAUGUUGUUGGUACCACUUUCCAGACCAUCAAGAAGGAUUUGCUGAAGGAACUUUUAGGCGGCAUCGAGGAUUCUACCCUUGAGAACUGGAUUAAGCGCAACGGAUGGAAGCAUCAGGGUCAAGAUUUGGUUGUUGUCGCAACACAAGACGAUAAGAUUAAGACCAAGAACAUUACGGAAAAGAUUGAGUUCGACAAUGUGGGUGCUCUGAUGGCCCAAUGUAUCUAAGCUAAAUAAGUUGUAUCAAAAUUUCUUACUCAUAAGGGAAUGCCAAUAAAACAGCCGAGGCAAACAAACAUACAUUUAUACAACUAAA